AUGUCCGAAAAGACCAAAUCCGCAAUCUUCGACCACCCCGAAGCCUCAUCCACUGCACCGCCACCAUUCAACCAAGCUGUGUCAGACGCUGGACCAUCAACUUUCCAGAGUCGCUUUGCAUCCAUCACACGGCAUGGACUUGAUCGCAUUAGGCUGGUAAACCUCUCAGAGGUGGAAAUCGCGGCUAUGCACGAAAUUGUGAGAACAUAUUGGGAACGCGGGAUUGACAAGGUCUAUCCGCAAGAGGCGUCACGGGAGUUCAAGGUAGGAGGCUAUGCAUGGGGAUAUGACCCGAAUGGCAACGAACAAGCGAUGAUGUUGACGCUUCGGAUCCUGGAGGGCAUGCAUGGUCUAGGCUGGGUGAUUUAUUCUCCUAUUGAGGUGACUAAGAGGGUCUCGACGAAAGAUGCGCUCAUCUUCCGCAAAGUGAAUAAUAUCCCUCCCCCGUGCGAAUGGCUAAACGUGUCAUUCCACGCUGGAGAUAAACUAAAGAUCCUCAACUUCCCGCCUACAGAUCUUGUCAACGAUAUCAUGGCGACUUUCAUGGCUGAUAUACAACGACAUGAGGUCACACCAGACCGCGCCAAGAUUAAGUUCAAGGGAUACCCGUGGAGACCGCUAGAAUCUGAUGGAGCUGAGACCCAACUGAAACUUCUGGCGUUGCUUGAAAUCUUUGAGCGCCACGGGUUCACGUUAUACGCGAGGACGAGCGCAAGAUUCGCUGAUGAGACGAGCGAGUCGAACGUCUUGGUGUUCCAGAGACGACGGGACUGGGUCGCAGGGAAGUCUCUAUACGAUCAAACCUGA